AAACAGUUUCAUCUUCAUGAUUUCGUGCCUUGUGAGCGUUUAUCGUUGCCUGUCCACCAAAUGAUGCUACUCUGCACCCUGUGAUGGUGUAGCCGAUAUUUGCGAGAACUCAUUGUCCACUCGAAAAUUGACCUGUGCUCAUCAGGUCUAGUCUCACGCUUGGAUCCCAGUCGAGCCAGCCUUGCGAACCGCAUGCCUUUCAAGAUGGAGCAGCAAGUUCUUGAAUUACUCCAAGCGACAACGCGGCCAGACACUGCCGUCAUUAGGGAUGCUGAGCAAGGUCUGUUGCGUCUCCAUGGCCAGCCAGAGUUUCCCUUUGCGCUUCUCACGAUAGCGUCACACAAUGACAUCGAUACGGGGUCACGAAAGUCCGCACUCACGGCGCUGAAGGGUUACGUCCAAGCCACUUGGUCUCCACAGUUCGACGAAACGUUCAAAGGAACUACGUACCUCGACGACGCGGCCAAAGGCCGUGUGCGCGAUCAAAUCUUUGCCCUCUGUACUGUUGAAGGCGACCAGGUUCCCAAGGACUCUGCAAUCCAAGCGCUAGCCGCUGGAGUCGUGAGCAGAAUCGCCAGUGUUGACUUUCCAGACGCCUGGCCGACGUUGUUCCCUUCACUUCUGACGAUAUUGAGCACAUCCACUAAUGAUGCCCCCGUCCAUGGUGCUUUGCGCGUUCUCGCAGAGUUGAUUGACUCAGGCUUGACGGAAGAACAAUUCUUCAUGGUCGCUCGUGACUUGGUCAACGGCCUACAACAUGUGGCCACCGAUAACAACCGCGGACUUAUUGUUCGAGCGAUGACGCUCAAUGUAUUCCGCUCGUGUUUUGAAAUGCUGGAGAUGGUCAUGGGAGACCACGGAGCCGCGGUCAAGGCCUUUUUGGACGAAUCAAUGAGAUCAUGGAUGCCCUUCUUCAUGGAAAUCCUGAAAGCGCCUCUCCCGAUCUCCGACUCAUCGGCUGUUGCCAUCGACCAGACCGAGACUAAUCUCCGUGGACUUGUGGCCUUGAAGGUGCAAGUUGUAAAGACUCUUGACAAAUUAAGAUCAGUCUAUGUCCACGCCAUUUCACCUCACGCCGUUAGUCUGUUCCAAAUUGUCUGGGAAGAGUUGUCAAGGGUGGCGUCUCCAUAUGCGGAACUUUUCAUCGAAGGCACGGCUGAAGGUAAACUGGUUGAUAGCGACAACCUACCGUGCAGCUUAGAUGCUUUGAUACUUGAAGAGAUUGAUUUCUUGCAAGUCACAAUGAAAGCACCACCUGUUCGAGCAGAGCUAUCUUCACAGAUGAAACAACUAGGCGACGCUCAACACACAGUUCAGUGGCUCCAAGAGCUCAUUCGAGUCUUGGUCCUCUACGCGAGAAUCCCCGCAGAAGAAGAGGGAUUGUGGGAGUACGAUGCAAACCUGUACCUCUCUGAAGCGACUUCCCUCACGGCAAACUACACUCCUCGAGCGGCUUGUGGUGAACUAGUUGUCCGCAGCCUCGGUGAAUGGCUGAAACAAAUGCCAAUUGUCGCCAUGCUUCAUUUCAACCAGCAUGCCUUCUCCAGCCCUUCAACAAGCUGGAAAGAACGGGAAGCCUUACUCUACCUCCUCAAUCAAUGCAUAAUAGACGUUAGUGAGGUCUCUGGGAACCUUGACUCUACCAUUGCAUCAGCACUUCUGGAGCAGGUCUCCGCGUUUCUACAGGAUUCUCACGCCUUCAUGCGUGCGGCAGCGCAGCUUCUGCUAGGCGCGUUAUUCAAAGUCGCCGGAAAUGAUUAUGCUCCUGCAGGUGCCGCUUCAUUCACCAAUGCUGUUAAUGCGGCCGUGAGCGAUCCUUCCGAAGUCGUCAAAGUCGCUUGCUUGAAUGUCAUACCGACCUACCUGGAAGCACUGCCAUCGAACGUCACGCUGCCAAUGCAGGGUGCAAUCGUAAACGCAGUAGCCGAGUACGUCUCUUCGCACGAUUUGAAGGAUGAGCUCGAAGAUGCAGACGACGUCAAGGCUACCUUGAUUCAAGCACUUCGUGACGCCAUUAUGCUUGAUACCACGAACAUCACCGAGACGAGUGCGAUUGACCUCUUCUUCACGCUCGCAUCCGACAGCGCAGGAAAUUUCCAAUUAUUCCUCCUCCUCACGGAAGCCUUUGAGGGCAUCGUAUCAUCGGUAUCCUCUCAUGGUCAGGAGAACUACGUCCGCCUCUGCUCCAAGACCAUUCCUUCCCUUACUGGCGCGUUCGAAGUAGCCAGCAUGACCCAGAUGUCGGAGUUGACCAAUCUCGCCGCCGAACUCGUCUCUGCUCUGGCCGAGUUCGGCUCCGAACCGCUUCCAGCAGGCUUUGUAUCUGCCGUGAUGCCAAAACUCCAGCGUGUUCUCAUGGAAGCGACCGAUGCCGAGCUCGUGCGCCCCGCGACUCUCGCCGUCGAACACAUGCUUGAGAAAGGUUCGGCGCAAUUCCUCACCUGGACCGAUUCACAAGGCAAAUCUGCCAUUGAAGUUCUCUUGGCCAUUGUCAACCGUCUGCUCAACUCACCUGAUGUCGACGAGAACGCGGGCCAAGAAGUCGGCGGGCUCGCCAGCACGCUCGUGAACAAAUUUGGCGCCGACAAGUUGGGCCCCUACCUGAUGGAGUUGCUGCGAGCCGUGGCCAUCCGUCUCGCCACGGCAGACAGGAUUCAAUUCAUUCAGAACCUGUGCAUGGUCUUUGUGGGUCUCAGUCUGGCUGCGCCCAAGGAGGUUGUCGAUUUUCUGUCGGAGGUGAACAUCAACGGCGUCAACGGUCUGUCAGUCGUCCUGACCAAGUGGUUGGAAAACUCGGUCCAUUUUGCCGGGUUCGACGAGGUCCGUCAGAACGUCGUGGCACUGUCGAAGAUUUUCAGUCUGCAGGACGAACGCGUCAAGAGUGUCCGCGUCAAGGGAGACUUGAUCAUCGAGGCGAACCCCAGCGGACGGAUCAAGACUCGGUCCCAGGCCAGACUCAACCCGGAUCAGUGGACCAGCGUGUCUGCGGACGUGAAGAUUCUCAAGAUCAUGGUCGACGAGCUCGCGAGUGCCGCCACGAGCCAGUUCCCCAACCUCGCGGCGGCGCAGGCGGCGGCUGAGGCUGCGCUCGACGAGGAGGACGCAGAGGGUGGUGACGACGAUGGCGAGUGGGAGGACGUCGGGUCCGGCGGGGCCAUCGACCUGGCCAGCGCGAGCGUGAGGAACGACUUGAUGGCCAUGGUCGGCGAGGACGGUGCCGCCAGUCCCACGGGCAGCAGGGCUCGGGACGAAGAGACGGCCGAGUACCUGAUGAGCUGGUUCAAGGCCGAGGCCGGCAAACCUGGCUUCGAGCCCCUCUUCGAACAGUUGACCGAGGAGGAGAAGGGCAAGUUGAGACAACUGGCAGCUUAGCUAGUAGGUCAAGAUAGAAACUUCCGUCACACAAUUAUGAGUACUCCAAGAGACCAGAAAGGAUACGGUAGAAUGCACAAAGAGCAACACACAAUCAUUGAGUGAUAUUAGGAAAAGCUGUGUUACAUUGCAAGUCCACGCUGGGUCAUAACCACAUGAGUACCUUACAUGAAC